AUGAUGGAAAAAUUCAAUGGUACCUCUGAAGACUACUUCAUUCUAUUGGGAUUUUCUAAUUGGCCUCAAUUGGAAGUAGUUUUCUUUGUGCUGAUCUUGAUAUUCUACCUGAUGACAUUGACAGGCAACAUGUUCAUUAUCAUCUUGUCUUACCUGGAUUCCCAUCUCCAUACUCCUAUGUAUUUCUUUAUCUCAAAUCUCUCUUUUCUGGAUCUCUGCUACACUACCAGCUCUAUCCCACAACUGCUGGUGAACCUGUGGGGCCCAGAGAAGACCAUUUCUUAUGCUGGUUGCAUGGUUCAACUUUACUUUGUCCUUGCAUUGGGAACAACAGAGUGUAUCUUGUUGGUGGUGAUGUCCUAUGACCAUUAUGUGGCUGUGUGUAAACCCUUGCAUUACAUUGUCCUCAUGCACCCUCAACUCUGCCACUUGCUUGCUGUGGCUUCUUGGGUAUGUGGUUUUACCAACUCAGCAGUUCAUUCUCUCUUUAUUCUCUGGGUACCUCUAUGUGGACAUCUACAAGUGGAUCACUUCUUCUUUGAAGUACCAGCACUCCUGCAAUUAUCCUGUUUCGAUACUCAUGCUAAUGAGAUGACCAUCAUGGUCACAACCUCUAUUGUUGUUAUCAUAUCUCUCGUCCUCAUUCUGACAUCCUAUGGUGCCAUUGCUCGGGCAGUACUGAGGAUGCAGUCAACUACUGGACUUCAGAAAGUCUUCAGGACAUGUGGAGCCCAUCUUAUGGUGGUCUCCCUCUUUUUCAUUCCAGUCAUGUGCAUGUAUCUCCAGCCACCAACAGAAAAUUCUAAAGACGGAGGCAAGUUCAUUGCUCUCUUUUAUACUGUUGUCACCCCUAGCCUCAACCCACUCAUCUAUACCCUCCAAAACAAAGAUGUAAGAGGGGCAGUUAAGAGACUAAUGGGGAGAGGAUAA